CAGGAAGAAAAACUUAACUCUCUUUUCAUAGACUACUGGAAUCGCAACCCAAAUUCAUGGGGAAGUUUGAGUGAUUGGGAUAUAUACUAUAUCAAUCAUACACCUGGUAGCACAAAAAUGAAAGCACAUCAGUCACUUGGAUUGGAACUUAAAGUUCUUCUAAAAAGGCUUUCAAAAACAAGCUAUGGUUAUUAUAAGGCAAUUGAAUUACAAAAGCUCUUGAAGGAUUGUCAUAACAAUCCAGUGAAUAUAGAAUUGUGGCAAGAACACUCUACAAAAUUAGGAAGGCUAGCUGUUGAAAAUCGAAUGAACAAA